CUGGUAUUUGACAGUGACAAUGACAGCGUCAAGAAAUCAAAUUAGUUGAAAAAAAAUCAGUGCGCGGUUUUGCUGUUUUUCUUUUGUGUUUAGAAGUUAAAAGGGAACUACUAUUCCAAAACACCGUAGAAAGUUUAUAUUCAAGCUGAGCUGGCCAUGUAAUAUGGCUUGCACAAAGGAGGAAAUAGAAAGAAAACGCCUCGCUGCGUUACAAAAGCGGCAAAACAAGGCACAGGAUCAAAACAAAUCUAUCGUGUCUUCCCCAUCUCCAAUCAGCACACCGUCCCCUCGGACCCCUUUAAGGCAAUCUUGGGCUGGUCCCGUACGAAAUUCUGGUAACUUUGGUAACGGGAAUAGAACUUUCCAUCCUUACGCAAAGCCUGAAAGCAGUGUGCCGGUCACUAAAGUUGUGAGUGGUACUGUGUACCUCAUUUCGGAAGAGAGGUUCGAGGUUAAUCCGUCGGAAUUCUGCCCUCCUCUCAUUAAUGUCUUUAAAUCUAUACCUUCUAAGAGCUAUGAUCCCUCAUCUAAACUGUGGAAUUUCUCCAUAAAUGACUACCAAGAGUUGAUGUCAAAGGUGGCUCCGCUAGCCCCUCACAUAGUGCUUGGAGCCCUACCACAGUUUGUGCUGAAGAUCCUGCGGACGCAGAUCACAGACCCAAGGACCCUGGAUUUGUCUCCCAUUGAGGCUACACUUAGAAAUAAGUUGAUGCCAUUCCAAGAAGAUGGAGUUAGAUUUGGCAUAGCACACCGCGGUCGCUGCAUGAUAGCAGACGACAUGGGGCUCGGGAAGACCUUCCAAGCUUUAGCUAUUGCCAGCUAUUACAAGCAUAACUUCCCGUUGCUCGUUGUUACUACUUCUUCUAUGAGAGAAACUUGGCAGAGCAAGAUCCAUGAGCUGCUGCCCACUAUCCCGAUGAUGAAUAUCAUCACACUGAGUAGCAACAAGGAUGCUCAGCUUGUUGCUGACAGACAGACGCAAGUUGUGAUAGUAAGCUACAAGAUGGUUACAAUCCACAAGGAUCUACUCAGGGACAAGAAGUUCGGCGUCGUUAUUAUAGACGAAUCUCAUCAAGUGAAGACCCCAAACGCCAAAUGCACUCUAGCGCUCAAGAGUAUUUCAAAAUUGAGUGCUAGAAUGAUAUUGUUGAGCGGCACACCGGCUCUGAGUCGACCUAUUGAACUUUACACUCAGCUUGAGCUUAUUGAGCCUAAGCUCUUCAACUCCUACAAUGAAUAUGGUAAAAGGUACUGCGCAGCCAAGCAAACCAAUUUCGGCUGGGACAUGACCGGGCAGUCCAACCUAGCUGAACUCCAGGUUAUACUGCAGAAGCGGUUCCUUAUCAGGCGCACCAAGGAGGAGGUCCUUACUGAACUGGAACAGAAGACCAGAGAAUCAGUGCUCCUUGACGAGACGCUCCUAGAAUUCACAAAGGAAGACAAAACAGGUCUCACGCAGAUGGCGGAAUCCUACCGGUCCUCCAGGGCCUCGGAACGCCAUACUGCGCUGUUGAAUUUUUUCAGCGAGUCGGCCCGUGUGAAGAUACCCGCUAUAUGUAAAUACAUCCGUCAACUACUGAGUUGUUCCACGGACAAGUUCCUAGUGUUCGCUCACCACCGCGCCGUGAUCGACGCGAUAUGCUCCACGCUCGACGAGGAGGAGGCUCAUUACAUCUGCAUCACCGGCUCCACGCCCACUAACGCCCGGGCGUUCCUAGUGUUCGCUCACCACCGCGCCGUGAUCGACGCGAUAUGCUCCACGCUCGACGAGGAGGAGGCUCAUUACAUCUGCAUCACCGGCUCCACGCCCACUAACGCCCGGGCGUUCCUAGUGUUCGCUCACCACCGCGCCGUGAUCGACGCGAUAUGCUCCACGCUCGACGAGGAGGAGGCUCAUUACAUCUGCAUCACCGGCUCCACGCCCACUAACGCCCGGGCGAUCCGUCAACUACUGAGUUGUUCCACGGACAAGUUCCUAGUGUUCGCUCACCACCGCGCCGUGAUCGACGCGAUAUGCUCCACGCUCGACGAGGAGGAGGCUCAUUACAUCUGCAUCACCGGCUCCACGCCCACUAACGCCCGGGCGUUCCUAGUGUUCGCUCACCACCGCGCCGUGAUCGACGCGAUAUGCUCCACGCUCGACGAGGAGGAGGCUCAUUACAUCUGCAUCACCGGCUCCACGCCCACUAACGCCCGGGCGUUCCUAGUGUUCGCUCACCACCGCGCCGUGAUCGACGCGAUAUGCUCCACGCUCGACGAGGACGAGGCUCAUUACAUCUGCAUCACCGGCUCCACGCCCACUAACGCCAGGGCGUUCCUAGUGUUCGCUCACCACCGCGCCGUGAUCGACGCGAUAUGCUCCACGCUCGACGAGGAGGAGGCUCAUUACAUCUGCAUCACCGGCUCCACGCCCACUAACGCCCGGGCGUUCCUAGUGUUCGCUCACCACCGCGCCGUGAUCGACGCGAUAUGCUCCACGCUCGACGAGGAGGAGGCUCAUUACAUCUGCAUCACCGGCGCCACGCCCACUAACGCCCGGGCGUUCCUAGUGUUCGCUCACCACCGCGCCGUGAUCGACGCGAUAUGCUCCACGCUCGACGAGGAGGAGGCUCAUUACAUCUGCAUCACCGGCUCCACGCCCACUAACGCCCGGGCGUAUAAAUACAUCCGGCAACUACUGAGUUGUUCCACGGACAAGUUCCUAGUGUUCGCUCACCACCGCGCCGUGAUCGACGCGAUAUGCUCCACGCUCGACGAGGAGGAGGCUCAUUACAUCUGCAUCACCGGCGCCACGCCCACUAACGCCCGGGCGGAUUUAGUGGACAAAUUCCAGUACGUGGAGUCCUGUCGGUGUGGGGUGCUGUCAAUUACUGCUGCCAAUAGCGGUCUCACACUCACGGCCGCCAAGUUGGUGCUGUUCGCCGAGCUGCACUGGAACCCUGGGAUCUUGACGCAAGCGGAGUCGCGCGCGCAUCGCAUAGGGCAGCAGGGCGGCGUGUGCGCGCGGUAUCUGCUAGCGAGAGGGACCUGCGACGACUACAUGUGGCCCAUGCUGCAAGGAAAACUCAAUGUACUGAACAACGUUGGCCUCAGCGGGGACUCGUUUGAAGGCACCACCACCAAACACCAAGAAGGCAGAACCAACAUAACCCAGUAUCUAAGCCCAAAAUGUCCGAAGAACCCAAACGACUAUAUCCCAGGCACCAACAUACGAAAGGACUCCCAAAAGACACAAACCAAUAAAAAUAACAACAGUUCAUUUACCACAUUAGGUGAUUUUGUCGAGUCAAAGAACCCACAGACCAAUAAAAAUAACAACAGUUCAUUUACCACAUUAGGUGAUAUUGGACAAAGUUUUAGUACCACAUUAGGCGAUUUCGACGAGCCUUUCGAUACCAGUGUGAAUGACGCUGAUAUGACCAAGUCGUUUUUGGAUGAUGAUGAGGGCGAUGAAUUGUUGGCUGCGUUGGAUUUAUGAUAAGUACUAGAUUUAGAUGGUUUUAUAAUUCUUUUUUGGAUUAGAAAUAAUCGGCAGGAACACUGAAUGGAUAAUAGGAACGUACAGAAUUUUUACUGUUUUAUUAAAGAUAUUUGCACAGUGUUUUCAGUUCAAAGAAGUAGUGAAUCCGAUGUACUCGGAUAUGCUUGGGAAACUUAACGACAGAGGGCGUGAAAACCAAUUUUAUAAGUCUUUCAAAUCUUGUAUAAUCUGUGAUGCCGCAUCCAUCUUUUUCGUUAUGCGCAAUUAACAAAAGAAAAUAAAUAACAUAAUAAUUUAGUU